AGUCCAACAAGCCAAAAGGAUUCAACUGACACUGAGAUGACACAGAGAGAAGCAGCCAAUCAGAGGACUGAUAUUUGGCUUUUUUCCAGGAGAAAUGAUGUGAGGGAUGAAUGAGUGAUGAUGUGCUGAUGAAUGAUUGGACUGCUGCUCUCAGUGUUUCCUCUCUAGAUGAAGGUGUGGACUCUGCUAUGAGUCAGUGUGAGGACAGAGAGGAGGGAGUCCCUCCCUCUAAAACCACUCUGUGUGGGGAACAUUACAGCCAGAACAAAGCUCAGAGCCCAGAGAAGCAGCACAGACCUGGACCCAGCAGUGUGUCCUUUAAAAGUGACCGGUCGAAUGAGUUUGGUAUUGAUUUUAAACAACAACAUGACACAAAAAUCCAUCAGAGACCAGACUGUCCUGAACCCGGACCCAGCUGUGUGUCCAUGAAGAGUGACCGGUCUAAGAGUUGUAUAAUAGAGUUCAAAGAUGGACGCGACUCUGUCGAUCAAAGGAGGAAUCUGGAAGAACCUGAACCCAUCUGUUUGUCCCUGAAGAGUGACAGGUCUAUGGAUAAACCUUUAGACCUCAAAGAUGGAUGCCACUCUGUUGAUCAAAGGAGGAAUCUGGAAGAAGCUGAACCCAGCUGUGUGUCCAUGAAGAGUGACACGUCUAUGAAUCCUCCUUAUGACUUCAAAGAUAGACGCCACUCUGUUGAUCAAAGUGUUUCCUCUCCAGAUGAAGGUGUGGACUCUGCUAUGAGUCAGUGUGAGGACAGAGAGGAGGGAGUCCCUCCCUCUAAAACCACUCUGUGUGGGGAACAUGACAGCCAGACCAAAGCUCAGAGACCAGAGAAGCAGCAUGGACCUGGACCUGGACCUGGACCUGGACCUGGACCUGGACCUGGACCUGGACCUGGACCUGAACCUGGACCCAGCUGUGUGUCCUUCAUGAGUGACUGGUCGAAGGAUGAUGAUAUUAAUUUUAAACGACAAGACCAAAAGAUUCAUCAGAGACCAGACUGUCCUGAACCUGGACCCAGCUCUGUGUCCAUGAAGAGUGACCGGUCUAUGGAUCUUAUGAUAAACUUCAAAGAUGGACGCGACUCUGUUGAUCAAAGGAGGAAUCUGGAAGAAGCUGAACCCAGCUGUGUGUCCAUGAAGAGUGACAGGUCUAUGGAUUAUCCUCUAGUCUUCAAAGAUGGACGCCACUCUGUUGAUCAAAGGAGGAAUCUGGAAGAAGCUGAACCCAGCUGUGUGUCCAUGAAGAGUGACCGGUCUAUGCUUUAUCCUUUAGAGUUCAAAGAUGGACGCCACUCUGUUGAUCAAAGAGUGGACCAGGAGAGCUCAGAGGUUCCCAGUGGUCAGUCUGCCCAGCAGCAUCAAACACACCUGGACUCUGUAUUUAUGCUGCUGGAGGAGGACAUUAGCACUUUUGUGAAGAACGAGCUGAAGAAGAUCCAGCAGGUUCUGAGUCCAGAUUAUCCAGAAUGCUUAGAGAGUCAGAGGGAGGAUGAGGAGGUGUUGGACAAUGAGGAUUAAGAGCAGAGGAGGAGCAGCAGAGAGGCAUUUCUGAAGAUCACACUGCACUUCCUGAGGAGAAUGAAGCAGGAGGAGCUGGCUGACUGUCUGCAGAGCAGAAGUUAUCGUGGAGUUUGUAAGCGUAAACUCAAAUCUAACCAGCAGAAGAAGUUCCAGUGUGUGUUUGAGGGGAUUGCUAAAGCAGGAAACCCAACCCUUCUGAAUCAGAUGUUCACAGAGAUCUACAUCACAGAGGGAGGGACUGCAGAGGUCAAUGAUGAACAUGAGGUCAGACAGAUUGAAACAGCAUCCAGGAAACCAGACAGACCAGAAACAACAAUCAGACAAGAAGACAUCUUUAAAACCCCACCUGGAAGAGAUGAACCAAUCAGAACAGUGAUGACAAAGGGAGUGGCUGGCAUCGGGAAAACAGUCUUAACACAGAAGUUCACUCUGGACUGGGCUGAAGACAAAGCCAACCAGGACAUCCAGUUCACAUUUCCAUUCACUUUCAGAGAGCUGAAUGUGCUGAAAGAGGAAAAGUACAGCUUGGUGGAACUUGUUGAUUACUUCUUUAGUGAAACCAAAGAAGCAGGAAUCUGCAGGUUUGAAGAGGUCGUGUUCAUCUUUGACGGUCUGGAUGAGUGUCAACUUCCUCUGGACUUCCACAACACUGAGAUCCUGACUGAUGUUACAGAGUCCUCCGCAGUGGGUGUGCUGCUGACCAACCUCAUCAGGGGGAAACUGCUUCCCUCUGCUCGCCUCUGGAUAACCACACGACCUGCAGCAGCCAAUCAGAUCCCUCCUGAGUGUGUUGACAUGGUGACAGAGGUCAGAGGGUUCACUGACCCACAGAAGGAGGAGUACUUCAGGAAGAGAUUCAGAGAUGAGGAGCAGGCCAGCAGAAUCAUCUCCCACAUCAAGACAUCACGAAGCCUCCACAUCAUGUGCCACAUCCCAGUCUUCUGCUGGAUCACUGCUACAGUUCUGGAGGACGUGUUGAAGACCAGAGAGGGAGGAGAGCUGCCCAAGACCCUGACUGAGAUGUACAUCCACUUCCUGGUGGUUCAGUCCAAAGUGAAGAACAUCAAGUAUGAUGGAGGAGCUGAGACAGAUCCACACUGGAAUAAAAAGAGCAGGAAGAUGAUCGAGUCUCUGGGAAAACUGGCUUUUGAGCAGCUGCAGGAAGGCAACCUGAUCUUCUAUGAAUCAGACCUGACAGAAUGUGGCAUCGAUAUCAGAGCAGCCUCAGUGUACUCAGACGUGUUCAAACAGAUCUUUAAAGAGGAGAGAGGACUGUACCAGGACAGGGUGUUCUGCUUCGUCCAUCUGAGUGUUCAGGAGUUUCUGGCUGCUCUUCAUGUCCAUCUGACAUUCAUCAACUCUGGAGUCAACCUGCUGUCAGAAGAACAAACAACAUCCAGGCUUUCUAAAAUCUUCAGAGACGAAACAAAAUUCUACCAGAGUGCUGUGGACAAGGCCUUACAGAGUCCAAAUGGAUACCUGGACUUGUUCCUCUGCUUCCUCCUGGGUCUUUCACUGUAGACAAAUCAGACUCUCCUACGAGGUCUGCUGACACAGACAGGAAGUAGCUCAAAGACUAAUCAGAAAACAGUUGAGUACAUCAAAAAGAAGAUCAUUGACAAUCUGUCUGCAGAGAGAAGCAUCAAUCUGUUCCACUGUCUGAAUGAACUGAAUGAUCGUUCUCUAGUGGAGCAGAUCCAACAGUUUCUGAGUUCAGGAAGUCUCUCCACAGAUAAACUGUCUCCUGCUCAGUGGUCAGCUCUGGUCUUCAUCUUACUGUCCUCAGAAAAAGAUCUGGACGUGUUUGACCUGAAGAAAUACUCUGCUUCAGAGAAGACUCUUCUGAGGCUGCUGCCAGUGGUCAAUGCCUCCAACAAAGCUCUGCUAAGUGGCUGUAACCUGUCAGAGAGAAGCUGUGGAGCUCUGUCCUCAGUUCUCAGCUCCCAGUCCUCUAGUCUGAGAGCGCUGGACCUGAAUAACAAUGAGUUGCAGGAUUCAGGACUGAAGCAGAUGUCGGCUGGACUGAAGAGUCCACACUGCAGACUAGAAACUCUAAGGUUGAGUGGCUGUAACCUGUCAGAGAGAAGCUGUGGAGCUCUGUCCUCAGUUCUCAGCUCCCAGUCCUCUAGUCUGAGAGAGCUGGACCUGAGUAACAACGAGCUGCAGGAUUCAGGAGUGAAGCAGCUGUCGGCUGGACUGAAGAGUCCACACUGCAGACUGGAAACUAUUAUGUUGAGUUGUUGUAACCUCUCAGAGAGAAGCUGUGAAGCUCUGCCUUCAGUUCUCAGCUCCCAGUCCUCUAGUCUGAGAGAGCUGGACCUGAGUAACAACAAGCUGCAGGAUUCAGGAGUGAAGCAGCUGUCGGCUGGACUGAAGAGUCCACACUGCAGACUAGAAACUCUCAGGUUGAGUGGCUGUAACCUAUCACAGAGAAGCUGUGGAGCUCUGUCCUCAGUUCUCAGCUCCCAGUCCUCUAGUCUGAGAGAGCUGGACCUGAGUAACAACGAGCUGGAGGAUUCUGGAGUGAAGCUGGUGUCUGCUGGACUAAAGAGUCCACAAUGCAGUCUAAAAACUCUCAGGUUGAGUGGCUGUAACCUGUCAGAGAGAAGCUGUGAAGAUCUGUCCUCAGUUCUCAGCUCCCAGUCCUCUAGUCUGAGAGAGCUGGACCUGAGUAACAACGAGCUGGAGGAUUCUGGAGUGAAGCUGGUGUCUGCUGGACUAAAGAGUCCACAAUGCAGUCUAAAAACUCUCAGGCUGAGUGGCUGUAACCUGUCAGAGAGAAGCUGUGAAGCCCUGUCCUCAGUUCUCAGCUCCCAGUCCUCUAGACUGAGAGAGCUGGACCUGAGUAACAACGACCUGCAGGAUUCAGGAGUGAAGCUGGUGUCUGCUGGACUGAAGAGUCCACACUGCAGACUGGAAACUCUCAGUCUGUCAUUCUGUCUGGUCUCAGAGGAAGGCUCUACUUCUCUGGCCUCAGCUCUGAGCUUCAACCCCUCCCAUCUGAGAGUGCUGGACCUGAGCUACAAUCAUCCAGGAGACUCAGGAUUGAAGCUGCUGUCAGCUGGACUUAAGGAUCCCAACUGGAGACUGGACACUCUCAGGACGGACCAUGGUGGACAACAGAGACUGAGACCUGGCGUGAGGAAGUAUAUCUGUGAACUGGAACUGGACACAAACACAGUAAACAGAUACAUCAAACUGUCUGACAACAACAGGAAGGUGACAUAUAUUGAAGAGGAUCAGUCAUAUCCUGAUCAUCCAGACAGAUUUGACACCUGGUCUCAGCUGCUGUGUAGAAAUGGUCUGACUGGUCGCUGUUACUGGGAGGUUGAGAGGAGAGGAUUGGUUCAUAUAUCAGUGAGUUACAGAGGAAUCAGAAGGAUAGGAGUCAGUGUUGACUGUGGGUUUGGAUGGAAUGAUCAGUCCUGGACUCUGAGGUGCUCUGAUCGUGGUUACUCUGUCUGGCAUAAUAAGAGAGUAACAGUCCUCACUUCCUCCUCUGUCUCUAACAGAGUAGCAGUGUAUGUGGACUGUCCUGCUGGCACUCUGUCCUUCUACACAGUCUCCUCUGACUCACUGAUCCACCUCCACACCUUCAACACCACAUUCACUCAACCUCUUUAUCCUGGGUUUAUGGUCUGGCCUGGUUCCUCAGUGUCUCUGUGUCCUCUGCAGGACUGAGAGCUCUCCUGUGGACAGAAACACUGACUGAAGAUCAGCUGCUGAAAUCAAAGUUCAGUCUGUUCACCAUCACACACUGUGCACUGUGAAGCAGAUCUGUCUCAGACUCAAACAAAAAAACAUUCAUUUGUCUGAUUUCAUCUCUUUGAUGAUCAACAUUUUAACAGUUUAACUAGAAACACUUGAUGAUUUCUGACAUCAGCUGACUGAGCUGAGUAAAUAUAACGUUUGGCCAAUUCCAACGUCUUUCACGUAUCUGUGACACAGACCAAGAGUUUGUCAGACCGAUAGAGCUGGUUCUGACAGAGCUGGCUCUGUUGUUGGCGUUGAGCUGGAGUCGCUCUCAGCAACUGCAGAGAAACGGACCAGGAGUAGGAUGCUGGCGAUCAUGGACAAUGACUGCCACCCACUACACAGCACAUUCUUUAAACAGAGGAGCA